GCAAAGACCAGCCCGGGAGCAGAGCGGUGCGACUCUCUUCUGAAGAAGGCGGCUCGUGCCCGGCGGGACCGGUGCGUAGCUCCGAGAUCGAGCUCCGGCUGCCAACCCCGGUCCCGCCGUUGCCAUGGACGGCUUGCGCCAGCGCUUCGAGCGUCUUCUGGAACAGAGGAACUUGGCCACCGAGGCACUAAGGGCGCUCGAAGCCAAGACCGGUGUCGACAAGCGGUACUUGGCAGCGGGAGCCACCACUCUGCUAAGCCUGUAUCUUCUGUUCGGUUACGGGGCACCUCUACUUUGCAAUCUCAUCGGGUUUGUGUACCCCGCAUAUGCUUCGAUAAAAGCUAUCGAGAGUCCAAGCAAAGAAGACGACACUGUGUGGCUCACCUACUGGGUGGUGUACGGCCUAUUCGGGCUUGCCGAGUUCUUCAGCGAUCUACUCCUGUCCUGGUUCCCUUUCUACUACGUGGGAAAGUGCGCCUUCCUGUUGUUCUGCAUGAUUCCCGGGCCAUGGAAUGGGGCUCACAUGCUGUACCGUCGAGUCAUACGCCCGCUCUUUCUAAAGCAUCACGAGGCCGUGGACAACAUCAUGAGAGACCUCAGCGGGCGAGCACUGGACGUGGCAGCAGGAGUAACCCGGGACGUCCUUCAGACCCUGGCCCGAAGCCGGGCUCUCAUCACCCCAACGGCUAUGGCGGUGGGCCCCCCGCUGCUACUGGAGCCAACCAUAGCCAAAGUAACCGUGGCUCAGCUCCAGAAGGACAAGUGAAGUCCCUACCCAGUCCCCGUGCAGAGAAGCUGGCCGGCCAGCUAAAAGGCACCAGGUCCUCCACGGAUUCCUCAACUGAUUCCUCAGAACAGACCCCCUCUGUUCCCUCAGCCCCAAUCAAGCCAGCCUCUGGGAAUGCCU